AUGCCUGGUAGCCGUAGGUACUUCACCCCUAGCCGAAAGGCGUUCCAUUGCACUGUCAAAGGGAGGCUGUACGGCGCCUCCGAAUCCCGAUCUCGGCCCGUCGGCGUUCUGACUCGGUGUGACGGGAAACGACGUUACCCGUUCGCUGAGAGCGUUCUCGACGACGAGAGGGCCCCUCAAUGUGGCGUCCACGACUGCAUCGUUGACGUUGUGGAAGAGAGCGGGACCAGCUCGUAUGUUGUAUUCUUCUGGAUCGAUGACGGUGAGUUCAGUCGCUUCAACCGCCCCGCCUCUUACGUCACCCCAUGGCCGAUGUACGGAGACGCCUUAGUGAUGCGUUUGAGCAAGUCAAAGAAAUUUGUCGUCAAUAUGCGCCAUGGAGACGCUGUCAUGGCGGACGAAGUCCUCGAGCGAGUGGCGAUAGCUUUCAAUGAGCACCAAGGGGAGUUAUGUCCGGUCUACCCCGCCUCUUUGCGCCUCCACAGGAAGAAGAUGCGGAGUUGGCGCCAGCUCAUGGAGGCGAAGAAGGCAUGGGAUAGACGGCAGGGAUGCUAA